CUGUGUACAAACGCCAACAAGUUCCUAACUAACAUCUAAAAACAAAAUAGUCAUUGUCGAACCUUAGUUGUUUCUCCGUUCCACUCCUCGUCUCUCUAAGGGCUCGGCCAUGGCUCUCUUGACCCGAACCUCGACGCGGCUACCACUCGCGCUCUCGGCCCAGCGCGCCCUCUCCCUCCACUCCAGUGUGCCUGGGCUUUCCUCCAGCCCCGGCACCCCCGCUCCCUAUGCGCGGCCCCCACCGCCCUCUGCCUCUCCUGCGGGGCUGUCGAAGACGGCGGAGUUUGUGAUAUCGAAGGUGGACGAUCUGAUGAACUGGGCGAGGAGGGGGUCCAUCUGGCCCAUGACCUUCGGGCUGGCCUGCUGCGCCGUGGAGAUGAUGCACACCGGCGCCGCCCGCUACGAUCUCGACCGCUUCGGCAUCAUCUUCCGCCCCAGCCCUCGCCAGUCCGACUGCAUGAUCGUCGCUGGCACUCUCACCAACAAGAUGGCCCCCGCUCUCCGCAAGGUUUAUGACCAAAUGCCUGAGCCUCGGUGGGUGGUCUCUAUGGGAAGCUGUGCAAAUGGUGGUGGAUACUACCACUACUCGUACUCGGUUGUUCGAGGUUGUGACAGGAUUGUCCCUGUUGACAUCUAUGUUCCAGGUUGCCCUCCUACUGCUGAGGCCUUACUCUAUGGACUUCUCCAACUGCAGAAGAAGAUUAACAGGCGCAAGGAUUUCCACAUGUGGUGGACCAAGUGAGGGCCAUUCAUAUUUCUAGGCAGCUCUUUUAGCUGCAUCCUCAUAUGACAAUAAUAACUUGAUCUGUGCUUAUGCUUGCCGCCUUGCCCUGCCCAAGCGCUAUGUAAAGGGAGAAAGUUGUGUUUUACAUGUUAUGAAUUUAGAUCCUGGGAUGUCAUAUGUCAACGUUUUUGCCUCUGUUUCCUGUUGUAUUGUGGAGCUUUUAUGGUGGCUCCAUAUACAGUAAAACUUUUUUUUUCUUCAUCUUUUUCUGUUUUAACUUGGAAGAGCAUGAGGUAUCCAUUAUUGUCAUAUCUACUUGAUUAAGUGUUAAAUAAAAAGGUCAUGUUUGUGCAA